ACAAUAACCACUUCACCUUCAAAAGGUUUUCAUCUUUUCCAAAUUGGGGAAACAACUAAAAAAACAUGGAAUUUAUUAGAAAACUAAGUGUAGUUAUACUUUUUUGUCUUAUCAUAUUUUCCUUUGGAAUUAUUCACACAGCUAGUGAUGCUGCUCAUUAUCAGAACAAUAACGUCAAAGACAAACAAAAAGAUCAAUCUCCCACACAGAUGCUAGAAGAAGCCUAUUCUAUGUUGGUUACAUCUUCUUGGCGUUCUUGGGAUAUGGCUAAGUCUUAUAUCAAUCAAUUCCAGCUUAAGUUUUUUCCUCCAAAUGUAGAUUUUAGGAGCAGGGAUGAUGGCAAGGCUAAUGGAGGUGCUGGAGAGAGGAUGAAGGAGGCUACUCAGAAGAGUUUUGAAAAGAGCAAAGAGGCAGUAGAAGAAACCGCGAAAUCGGCUGCUGAGAUGAUGGAGCAGAAAGUGCAGAAAACAGCUGAGAAAGUGAAGGAUACUGUAUCUGGAGGUCAGAAAACAUCUGAGAAAAUAAAGAAUACUGUCUCUUCUGGACAUGAUGAGCUAUAAAAAUUAUAUGUACCAAGAAAACAGAGAAAAACCUAGCUUUUCCUCCUUUCACUU